AUGCAUCUUAAUUCGCAUUCGCUGCGUACCAUUGCUUGGUCGACCCUGGCAUUCACGACCGCACAUGCUCAAUACAUAAUUGAGAACCUCAGUUUUGGCCACAAGGAUGGCGCUUACAUCUCUUCCGACCUUAUGACAGUACCGAACUUCGUCAUCCAGGGCAGCGGAGACUACGUUCCUCAGGUCUUGUCCGACCGCAUACUCCUCACACCUCCAUACCCAGGGAACAUGCGUGGAUCAAUAUGGGCGCAGCAACCCCUACACCACUCUGGCGAUUGGACUGCCGAGAUUGAUUUUCGAGCGACGGGCAUGGAGCGUGGUGCUGGCAAUCUCCAGAUCUGGUAUGUCAAGGACUCGCAGGCACAUGAAACACCGACAAGCUUGUACACUGCGCACAAGUUUGACGGACUGGUGCUCGUGAUAGACCAGUAUGAAGGUCAUGGGGGUUCCGUGCGAGGUUUCCUGAACGACGGGAAAAUUGACAUCAAAGCUCAUCCUGAUCCUGACACGCUAGCUUUCGGAAAGUGCGAUUACGCAUACCGCAAUCGUGGCGAGCUCACUCCCAUUAAACUCCACCACGCCGACGGUUUCUUCGAGGUCAUCGUAGACGGUGCAUCAUGCUUCAAGACCGACAAGCGCCUCCAGCGCCGAGAAUCCUGA